AUGAUGCGCACUCGUGUCGCGCCGGCGGCAUUUACCGCCGCCCGCUCGAUUUUCACCCCGGAGACGGUUCAGGGCGUCCGUAAUCUGGCGACUGCUGCGGCUCCCGUGGACUCUUCGACCCGGAGUCACAAGGUCGUGGUGGUUGGCGGUGGCACUGCUGGCCUGACCAUCGUCCACCAGCUCCUUCGAUCCGGCAAGUUUUCCAAGGAUGAUCUCGCAGUCAUCGACCCAGCCGAGUGGCACCACUAUCAGCCCGGCUGGACUCUGGUUGGCGGCGGGUUGAAGACGCGGGAGGAGCUGCGACAGCCGUUGGGAAGCUUGAUCGACCCAAAGCUCAAGUUUUACAACGACAGUGUGCAGACCUUCUCGCCAGAGAACAACCUCGUCACCCUCGGAAACGGCGACAGACUCAGCUACGAACAGCUUGUGGUGGUGCCUGGCAUCAGCAUCAACUACGGCAACAUCAAGGGCCUGCCCGAGGCUUUGGCUGAUCCGAACUCUCUGGUCUCGUCCAUCUACGGCUACGAAACCUGCAACAAAGUCUUCCAAACCAUCCAGAAGCUUCAAAAAGGCACGGCUAUUUUUACCCAGCCCGCGGGCGUUGUCAAGUGCGCUGGCGCUCCCCAAAAGGCUAUGUGGCUCGCCUUGGAUCUCUGGAAACGAGCAGGCCUGUACAAGCCUAGCGACCCCUCCAGCUCACCCAUCAAAAUCGCCUUUGCCACUGGCCUGCCCACCAUGUUCGGUGUACCCAAGUACAGUGCGAAGCUCGAGGAGUUGCGCAAGGAGAGGGGCGUAGAGGGACUCUUCCAGCACGACCUGGUCGCCGUCGAGGGCAACACCGCCACCUUCUCUCGCGCCGACGAGGGGGGAAAGCAAGUCACGCGCAAGUUUGACCUGAUGCACGUGGUGCCAAAGAUGGGACCGCAUGCCUUUGUCAAAAGCAGCCCCCUGGCAAAUGAAGCCGGCUUCGUUGACGUUGAUGAUGGCACGACUCGCUCAACAAAGUUCGGCAAUGUGUGGUCUGCAGGCGAUGCUUCCAGCUUGCCGACGUCCAAGACGGCCGCGGCCAUCACGGCUCAGGCCCCAGUCCUUAUCAACAACCUACUGCGAACCAUAGAAGGCAAAGAGCCCGAGUCCAUUUAUGACGGGUACACAUCGUGCCCGCUUGUCACAGAGUACGGCAAGGUGCUUCUUGCCGAGUUCAAGUAUGGAGGAGUGCCGAAGGAGACUUUCAACUCGUGGUUUGGCAUCGAUCAGAUCGAGCCUCGUCGUGCCUUCUACCAUCUGAAGAAGGACUUUUUCCCAUGGGUUUACCAGAAGUACAUGGUGAAGGGCACUUGGGCCGGACCGAAGGGCUGGACGAGGUAG